CCGAUUAUAUUUAAUAAUAAUAAUGUUACAAUUAAAAGUGAUUUUCGAACGAUUCGGAAACGAAAGAAUUAAAAAAAGGCGAUCGAUCUCGUUCGUGAAUAUCCGAUUACACGAAUAUUCGAGACUUGUGUACCAGACUUAAUAUUUUGCGGCAGUUUGGGAAACGAAAGACGAGCGCGUGUUGUCAAUCGCGACAGUGAUAACGAAAAUGGUGGACUAAAAAGCAAUUUCAUUUUCUUCACCUCCGUUUUUUCCCCAAUUAACUUCAAUAACAAAUUUCCGUCUCAUCAUGCAACUUUCGAAACUCAUUAUUCAAAAUUGAUAGAAUCAGAAAAAAAAAAAUAAGUUACUGUUGCAAAUAGUUAAAAAUCCCUUUGCAAUCUCGAAGAGAAUCGAAGAAAAUAUUCAAUUCAACGUUCGAAACUCCCGCUUGUGAGGCACGGUGCAAAUACGAGACCAGCAAAAAGAAAAGUAAAUGCCAAACCAAUGGUAAAUGCGGAUGGUGGAGUAGUUGUUUUUGAUCCAUAUUCUGAGGAGAAACGCUUUUGGGGAUAACUUGAAACAUCGAACGAAGAUCCUUUAUAAGAAACCGGGUCAAAGAUGCCUAUAAUUGGAUGCACCAAGGAGAACAAUUGCAAGAAACUUGCAUACUUAAAAGCAAAGAUGCGCGAACAAUAUCUAGCAGAGAAGAAUAAAAGCGGCGAGGAGGGGAGCAGCUCGCAAAAUCCGAAGAAGCCUAGCCAACUGUCCACGAACGAGUCAGUGAGGGGAUCGAGUAUCGCUGAGCAGCCAGAAGUGGAGCAAGGGCCGAUCGAAGAGGCGGAGGUCCCGCUUCAACUGCGCGAAACAGUUCCAGAAAAGGAAGAGGUAGAGGCAGAGGCAGAGGCAGAGGAAGUGGAUUAGAGGAGAGGAGUGUUCUACGGAAUGAAAAUUGAAAAUUCAUCAACAACUAGAUAUAUAUAACCGAUAUAUAAAGGUUGAGAAAACAGAAAGAUAUUCUAUCCUCGAUCCUUUUCAACCUAACGUUAAAAUCGGAAACGACGAGGGAGAGAGAGAGAGAGAGAAAGACAGAGAAGAGUCGUUUAACCGCGUAAUCAACCGAAGUCGGAUUAAUUCGAGACGACUAUAAUCAAGUGGAGAAGCCUCAAAAGCCCUGUGUGUCCGUCCAACGAAAGGCGGAGAACGAGAGGCGAGGCGAAAAAUUAAGGGAGAAAGGAGGAAGAGGUUUUUGCGUUUUAAAACGACAACUUGGAUCAGAACCGUAGUCCCUGGGUAAAUUUACCGAUCUCCGCUACCUCCGUGACUACCUCACGCCCGUUCCCUCUCCGACUCGGAACCGGUUCUCUGAAUCUUGAAUCCCCUGUGCUUUUGCUGCUCCCCCUCUUCCUUCCUUUCGUCGUUGUUUCACGAUGACGAUGAUCGAGGGAUCGAGAGGCUGAAUUAAAGCCAGGCCAGCUUUUAAGAAUUUUAAAGGUCAACUUUUGUCCGAGGAAGAUCGAUUUCGGGACAUGGAGAAUGAAAAAAACGAAGAGGAAGAGAAGAAAGAAACAACCGAAGAAGCGUCUAGUCCUGUAGAAGAAGCAUCUAGUCCUGUAGAAGAAGCAUCUAGUCCUGUAGAAGCUAGUCCUGUAGAAGAAGCGUCUAGUCCUGUAGAAGAAACAUCUAAUCCGACGGAAGAAACGUCUAAUCCGACGGAAGAAGCGUCUACUCUGACGGAAGAAACAUCUAACCCGACGGAAGAAACAUCUAAUCCGACGGAAGAAGCGCAGGAAAACGAAUCAACAGAGGAUGCGUGGGACGAGGAGGCGAAAGAAAGAUUCGAAACAGCCGUAUUCACUUUGGCCACGUUCGCUGCGGUUUUCGCUGUCUACAUGUACAUCGUAUACAGUUUGAGUAGCCCGCCUACUGUGUUGGAUCAAGUCUAACACUCCCCCCGUUCCCCUGAUCAAACGAACGAAAGACCCUAGAAUUCCGACCGACAAAGUCAACUGUUUGCGACAGUUACGCCGCCCAACAAUCAUGUAAUUUGACCAUGUAACGAAAUAAAACUUGCGGAGGAGAAAAAUGAA